AUGAUCUUUGCAUUCUUGGAUGCUUGGAACAUCGGGGCCAAUGACGUUGCCAAUUCGUUCGCUUCGUCCGUGCUGUCGAGAUCGCUUACGUACUGGCAAGCAAUGAUUCUUGCCGCCCUUUGUGAGUUCUUGGGGGCAGUUUUGGUCGGGUCGAAGGUCUCGAACACUAUCAGAAAUAAAAUUGUCGACGUCAAAGUUUUCGAGGGUGAACCCGCUAUUCUCAUGUUGACCAUGUCGUGUGCUCUUAUUGGGUCUUCGGUGUGGUUGACAAUUGCUACUGCCAUUGGUAUGCCCGUGUCGACCACUCACUCGAUCGUCGGUGGUAUUAUCGGUAGUGCUAUUGCCGCCAAGGGUCAAAGAAACAUUCACUGGGGGUGGAAUGGGGUGUCCCAAAUCAUUGCUUCCUGGUUUAUUGCCCCUGCUAUCGCUGGUGCCUUCGCUACCAUCACUUUCUUGGUGCUGAAAUUCUUCGUAUUGGAAGUGAAGAGCUUCAAGACCUCGUUGCGUAACGCUAUGGUGCUUGUUCCAUUCCUUGUGUUCUCAUGUUUUGCCAUUUUGACUAUGUUGAUUGUGUGGAAGGGUGCCCCUGCUUUGAAGUUGAACAAGUUGCUGCCCAACGCCAUUGCCGCUUCUAUUUUGGGGGUGGCUGCCGUAGCCUUGGUGCUUUACAUGCUUUUCCUUUACCCUUACUACCGCCGGAAGCUUAAGUACAACGACUGGACUUUGACCUGGAAGUCGAUCCCGUUGGGCCCUUUGCUUUACUUCAAGUCUACUGAUGACAUUCCUCCCAUGCCUGAAGGUUACCAAUUGGUUCCUGACUACUACAAGGGUAGACGUUAUGAUGAGACGGGUAAAUUGAUCAAGGAAGACAACACCACUGCUGAACUGUUGCGUUCCGGAGAUAUUGAAAAUCUCAAAGACGACACUCACGUCGACGUCCACAAGGUGGAGCUGGCUCCCGUUUCUCUGGACAAGGAAUCUUCGUCUGACGAAUGGAAACCUCUUUACUACAAGUGGGGUGUCGACAGAGAAGUGCAAAAGGAAGACACCAAGUCUCGCUGGAUUAAGAUGCUCAAGAAACCCAAGUUGUGGGGCGCUCUUAUCGUUGAAUUUGUUCUCCACGGUUUCACCCAAGAUGUCAUUGCUUCGCAAACCAAUGUGGACAUGUUGAGUGGUGACCAGCACAAGUUGCACACUUCGGCCAAGUACUACGACAACCGGAUUGAAUUCUUGUACUCGUUGCUUCAAGGUAUUACUGCGGGUACCAUGUCGUUCGCCCACGGUGCCAACGAUAUUUCCAACGCCACUGGUCCCUUGGCCACCGUUUAUCUCGUCUGGUCUACUAAUACCAUCGCUAAUGAUGUUGAUGUUCCCGUUUGGGUUCUUUGUUACGCUGCUGCUGCCCUUGUCAUCGGUGUUUGGACAUUCGGUUACCGGAUCAUGAGAAACUUGGGUAACAAGCUCAUCUUGCAAUCGCCCUCGCGUGGUUUCUCGAUUGAAUUGGGCGCUGCUGUGACCACUGUGAUGGCCACUCAAUUGUCCAUCCCUGUCUCUACUACUCAGUCGGCUGUCGGUGCUACUGUGUUUGUUGGUGCCUGUAACGGUGACUGGAGAUCCAUCAAUUGGAGAAUGGUGAUCUGGUGUUACUGCGGGUGGUUCAUUACCUUGCCCGUUGCUGGUCUCAUUGCUGGCCUUCUUAAUGCGUACAUCAUCCACUCGCCCUCUAAUGGUGUGGUUUACACGAUGAACAACUAG